GAGGGCGCGUGUCACGUGAUCAGCGGCAGAGGUCGGCGUGUUUUCUAUAUAAGCCGCAAAAGAAAACGGAUGCGAACGGAAAACCUUACAUUUCUCUCCGUCAUUCAUUGACUUCAGUGUUAAAACAGAAAGCCGCACUUCAGUCAAAAAUAACAGAAACCUGACGGAAUGGAGUCAAACUCAACAUAAAGGAUUGCACUGGUGAAAGGAAAAUGAAGAGGAGUGUGUUACAGCGGAUAGAGCGAGUCCUCCAGCUUCACAGUCUUUGCCGACAGUUGAAUCCCCUGAGCCCCCGAAGUCUAUCUACCAGACAAUGGAGGUCAGCGCUGUUCCCUCCUCAGUCCUUGGCUGCCGUUCACCACCGACCUCAAACCAGCAACUUCUUGGAGACACCCGCGCAGCAGUGCAGGUUCUUGUCUGCCAGGAAGGAGAAGGAACAGAAGAAAGGGAAGUUGCAGCCAAUCAAGGUUAAAGAGCAGAAGAAGCUGGUGGAGGUGUGGUCCAAUAUGACCAUUCGUGAAUUGGCCAAAGCCAUGGGUAGAGAUAUUGACGACAUUUAUGAAACUCUAAUGUACUCCGACUUUGACGUGGACAAUUUAAAACCAUCUUCGGCACUAACUCCAGAGAUGAUUAAGGCAACCAUAAAGAAGUCUGGCAUGAAACACAUGUAUAUGGAGAAGAAAGAAGAAAAAAUAGUGGAAAAUAAAGAUGCCGUGAAAAGAGGUCCCGCAGACCCUUCUCUUCUGGUGCCCAGACAUCCUGUAGUUACCAUAAUGGGUCAUGUAGAUCAUGGAAAGACAACGUUACUUGACCAACUGAGGAAAUCCCAGAUCACAGCAAUGGAGGCCGGUGGUAUCACCCAACACAUAGGAGCAUUCAGUGUUUAUUUAGCUUCAGGGGACAAGAUCACUUUUCUUGACACUCCUGGGCACGCAGCCUUUUCAGCAAUGCGGGAGAGAGGCGCUCACGUGACUGACAUUAUUAUACUGGUAGUGGCCGCAGAGGACGGUGUAAUGAAGCAAACCAUAGAGUCCAUCCAGCACGCCAAGAACGCCAGAGUCCCCGUCAUUCUGGCUAUAAACAAGUGUGACAAACCCGAGGCCGAUCCAGAGAGAGUAAAGAUGGAGCUCCUGUCUCAUAACAUAGUGUGUGAGGAAUUUGGGGGAGAUGUCCAAGCUAUUAACAUUUCUGCAUUAAAGGGAGAAAACUUGCAGGCGCUAGCUGAAGCUGUUAUCACCCUGUCAGAGAUGUUGGAGUUGAAGGCUGAUCGCACAGGCUUGGUGGAAGGAACAGUCAUUGAAUGUCGCACUGACAAAGGGAAAGGUCCAGUGACCACAGCUAUUGUGCAGAGGGGAACCCUUAAAAAAGGAGCAGUGCUGGUGGCCGGAAAAGCUUGGGCUAAAGUACGGUUAAUGGUGGAUGAAAACAACACCGUGUUAAAUGAAGUGCUACCAAGCAUGCCUGUAGAAAUAGUCGGCUGGAAAGAGCUACCGUCUGCCGGAGAUGAAAUCUUAGAAGUGGAAUCUGAGCAACGGGCCAAAGAAGUUGUUCAGUGGAGAACAUACAUCGAGGAACAGGAGAAAAUCGAAAAGGAUAUGGAAGUGAUUGAACUCAAACAGAAGGAACACAGAGAAGCUCACAGGAAGCACCUGGACGCUUUUAUUGGCAUGACCUGGAAACAGAAAAGUGCUGUCUUGUAUAGGACUAAGAAGACUCUCAUGAGCAAGAGACCAUCAGAAACGACAACACAGGAUAAGGCGUCAGUCCCUAUCAUUAUAAAAGGUGAUGUUGAUGGAUCAGUUGAAGCCAUUCUCGGUGUAUUGGACACAUAUGAUGCAGAUCACGAAUGUGAACUGGAUUUGGUCCAUUUUGGAGUUGGGGAUAUCGGCGAGAGUGAUGUUGCUCUUGCUGAAACAUUUAGCGCUUCCAUAUACGGAUUCAAUGUCAAUGCCAACAAAUCCAUUCAGCAAACUGCUAGCAAGAGCGAAGUCCCAAUCAAACUUCACAAGGUCAUUUACCACCUCUUUGAUGAUCUUAAAAAAGAACUUAGCAGUAGAUUACCAGAAUUAACCGAAGAGACUGUGAAAGGUGAGGCUUCUGUUCUGGCUUUAUUUGAUGUCUCGGUAGGAAAGAAGACUGUGCAGGUGGCAGGCUGCAGGGUGCAGAAGGGUCUUCUGGACAAGAAGAUGAAGUUUAAGUUAAUCCGUAACAAUAAUGUUCUGUGGGAAGGAUCAUUAACAUCUCUUAAGCACCACAAGAACGAUGUGCCAACAGUAAAGACUGGGGUGGAGUGUGGUCUGAGCCUGGAUCAAGAUGUGGAGAUUAAAGUUGGAGAUGAAAUAAUUUGCUUUGAAGAAAAGACUGUACCUCAGACAAUAUCUUGGGAUCCUGGAUUCUAAUUUAGUGACAUCUUGGCAUUCUCACAUCGCUUCGGCAUUGCAGUUGAUUUGGACAAACCUGCUACAUUUUUUUAAUGAAUUGCUGACCCCCAAAAUGACCUGUGAUGAAGAUUAUGGCUUCAUUUCCCAGUAUAUGAAGUGGACAUCUUUGUUCCCAUCUGCAUCUGAGGACCUUUUUGUUCACCAGAAAAUGCACAAUGGUCUUGUAAACUAUGCUGUAAAAUCUGUCAGAUUUUUAUAUUUAUUUU